UAGAUAUAAAUAUUUUUAAAAAAAUCAGAAUUUAAUAAUGCAUAACUGGAAAACAUCUGCUAAUUCUCAAGUACAUAAAACCAGAGUAGCUAUUCAAAAUUCAGGAGUUUGAACAGUAUCAAUUAGCCCUCUAGCCUCCUUCAAACAAUUCUGUGACCAAUUUCUGAUGUCUACUAAUCCUCCCAAAAUCAGAUACAUCUCAGAGAGCUUUAUCAAACCACAGGAUGCUUUAGAAGAGUCAAAGAGGCCCUUCUACCUUACACCAUGGGAUCUUGCCAUGCUCUCUGCAAACUAUAUCCAGAAGGGCCUUCUUUUUACCAAACCUCCAACAGAAAAUUCCCAAGAAAACUUCAUCAAAACUCUCUUGGACAGGCUUAAACAUUCCCUCUCUGUCACCCUUGUCCAUUUCUACCCACUUGCAGGCCGCCUUGUGACACAAAAAAAUGAAAACCCACCUUCAAGCUUGAUUUUUGUUGACUGCUGCAACAGUCCUGGAGCUAAAUUCAUCUAUGCAGAUCUAGACACGACAAUAUCUGAUAUCCUUUCUCCAAUUGAUGUACCAUCAAUCGUUCAAUCCUUUUUUGAUCAUGACAGGGCGGUCAACUAUGAUGGCCAUACCAGGCCUUUGCUUUCCAUUCAAGUGACAGAACUAAAAGAUGGUAUCUUGAUAGGCUGUUCCAUGAACCACUGCCUUGGCGAUGGAACCUCUUAUUGGCAUUUCUUUAACACUUGGUCUGAGAUCUUUCAGGCACAAGGAAAUAAUAUUUCUAUCACACGCCCACCAAUCCACAAGCGAUGGUUUCCUGAUGGUGUUAAUCCAAUCAUCAAUCUCCCUUUCACACACCAAGAUGAGUUCAUUUCCAGAUUUGAAGCACCAAAACUUAGAGAAAGAAUGUUCCACUUCUCAUCUGAAUCCAUAGCAAAACUCAAAGCAAAAGCCAAUGCAGAAUCCAACACCAACAAAAUCUCCUCCUUUCAGUCCUUGUCUGCACUUGUUUGGAGGUGCAUUACGCGUGUGCGUCGUCUACCAUAUGAUCAGAUAACAAACUGCAAUUUGGCCACCAAUAACAGGUCGAGAAUGGAGCCAUCCUUGUCUAAUGAUUACUUUGGGAACUCGCUUCACGCAUUGAGAGUAACCACAGCUGGUGAAUUGCUCGAACAUAAUCUUGGGUGGGCAGCAUUGAAGUUGCACGAGGCUGUGGUCAACCACACUGACCAGGUUGUGCGUGACUGGGUUGAUACCUGGCUGCAGUCUCCUAUUGUUUAUCAACUUACUAAGUUUUUUGAUAAAUACAGUGUAAUGAUGGGUAGUUCUCCCAGGUUCAACAUGUAUGGGAAUGAAUUUGGAAUGGGGAAAGCAGUGGCACUUCGCAGUGGGUAUGCAAACAAGUUUGAUGGAAAGGUGUCAUCAUACCCGGGUUAUGAAGGAGGAGGAAGCAUUGAUUUGGAGGUGUGCCUUCAGCCAGAUUCAAUGAGUGCUCUUGAGUCUGAUGAGGAGUUCAUGGAUGCUGUCUCCUUGCCCCACCAGCUCCACUAGUUUCUAAAGGUCUACCCUGCAGAAGACCAAGCCAAAUCUGUCAUUUGUGGGGAAAGAAAGCAAUAGAUAUUUGUAAGUGUCUAAGCAUUGCAGUUAACCUGUGCUUUGAUUCUAAUGGCAUCAAAAUGCAAGAAUAUAUUGGUAAUAUCAGCAAUUAAUAUGCAAAGCAUAUGAUGUUAUUAGAAAAAUAUCUAAAUAAAAAGAGUACUUGAUAUUCAUC